AUGUCCGAUAUCGGGGCGAAGGGGGAUGGGAACGUCGAAACUUCAGAAUUACCCAUAGCAGUAUCGGCUCCGGGCAAAGUCAUUCUACACGGCGAACAUUCCGUCGUCUAUGGAAAGUUGGCCGUGGCCGGAAGUUUGGAUUUGAGAACUGCCGUCAGAUUGAUCGAGAACGACGCCCGGGACGCCUUCGACGUCGAAUCGGCGACGCUCGGCGUCGACGUUCGCUUCGAUUCGAAGUCGAUCAAAUCUCUACUGGAAACACCUCUACCGUUGCUCGUCGAUUCGAACGAUUAUAAUUAUUGGGACAUCCCGAAUCUGUUGGAUCACGACCGCCUGCUCGAUAGAAUCGACGAUUUCUUGGACAAAUCGAACGUUCGAUUGAGCCAUUCCAGUCAAAUGACGUGCAUUAGAGCCGUUCUGUAUCUUUGCGCCGGCAUUUUGAGCUCGGCUCGCGCUCAAUUCGGAAGGGAAUCCGUUCGGCUCGUCGUCACCACCGAUUUGACCACCGGCGCCGGCAUGGGCAGCUCGGCGUCGUUCUCCGUCAGCGUCGCGGCGGCCUUUCUCAAAUACCUAAAGCGCCUCAAUCCCCCCAAUAAGGACUCUCCCAACGACGACCUCGUCGGCGAUCGCCCGAAACAAUCCCAAGGAUCUAAAGAAUCGCAAGCAUCGAAAGAAUCCGAAGGAUUCUCCGCCGAAGCAUCGCAAGCAUCGAAAGGAUCGAAAGGAUCCUCGGGAUUCUCCGCGAAGGAAUUGGAAUUCAUCUCUCGGUGGGCCUUCAACGCGGAGCGCAUCGCGCACGGCGCCCCCUCGGGGCUCGACAACACCGCUUGCACCUACGGCUCCUUGAUCGAGUUCAGGAGAGGAGCGGCGCCCGCGUUGGUGGGGGCCGCUCGGCCCCUCGAUUUGGAUUUGCUGCUGAUCGACACCAAGGUGGCGAGGCAAACGAAGAAAAUGGUGGAGGUGGCGGCGCGUACUAGAAGGAUGUUUCCGAAAAUCUUCGAUAAUGUGCUGGACACGAUCGAGUUGGUAACUUCGAAGGCUUUGGAAUUGUACGGAGAGUUAUCGAACGUGCCCGCAGGCGCCGAUCCGGAGGAGAUCAGAACCAUUUACUCCAAGCUAUCAGUACUGUUCGGUUUGAACCAAGGCCUACUCAACUCCUUGGGGGUGGGUCACGCCAGAUUGGACGAGGCCAUCGGUAUACUCGACGGGGCGGGUUUGAAGGGGAAAUUGACGGGGGCCGGCGGGGGAGGCUACGCCAUUUGCCUGGUGCCCCCCCGUAUGGAGGCUAAAGCUUUGGAGGAGGUUAUGGGGACAUUGGAGGCACGUGGGUUCGACGUGAUCAGGACGUGUUUGGGUGGGGAUGGGGUGAGGGUGGAAUGUUGA